UGACACCGAGUCAGAGACUGGAUAUGGGGAUCCAAGUCUGCCUACUCUGGCAGGCUCCUGGUGUCCUGAGGGUGCUUGUUUGCCUUCCUGGACCUCCAGGUCACAGCACCAGCAUAUGAAAAAGAAGCGGAAAAGGUGUGGGACAUGUGAGCCUUGCUUGAGGAAGAUUAGCUGUGGUCAGUGCAGCUGCUGCCUUAACCGCAAAACUGGCCACCAGAUCUGUAAGCUGCGGAAAUGUUUAGAGCUAAAGAAGAGAGGACCCUCAUCUCUGCUCUCAGUCUCUGCUGUGCAGGUGGUUCCCGAAAGUGGUUCAGUAAAUGGCAGAGGCGGGGCCCAGAUGGAUGACACGCACACGGCAGCAGAGGAGGAUGAGGGGGAAGAAGGCCACAUACCUGGCACAAACUCCCCACACGUCACCCACGCACUCACCCACAACCUGGCACUAGACCAAGGUGGACGGCAGGCACUUAUAAAGAGCGAAUCCAGUCUGGAGCAAACUGACACUGCACUUCACCAACACUUAAGCUCUUCUGGGACUCUCCAAAAUGGUCUCGAUGAGAAUCUGACCAAAUCUAAUGGUGCUAAGAUGACCGCUGGGUCACAAUCCAAUGCAAGAUCCCCACAUCAAAGGACUACAGUUGUGUCAGAGCCACCUCAAAGGAUUACAAUAACCACAGUCCCAAAAGGCAACUCUGAGACUGAACCAGAGGCUUCACCAGAGGACAUGGCUGUUCCCCUGAAGAAAAUCAAGCUGGAGGAGCCAUGGCUAUGGACCCCUGAGCAGUCCAGCACACAGCUAGAAGUUGAAGAUGAGGUCUGUGAAGACCCGCUGUCCACAUUGGCCGCUGUGGUUUGUCUCUCCAUCACAGAGAGGAAGGGGCUGGAAGAGAAACUCUUUGGUUCACACUCUCCAAUUUUACGCUCUUUCAAAAGUGAGCCACCAGACUUGCAUUCUAUCAAAACAGAGCCAGGGGACUUGAAAAGUGACUCGUGUCAGAAAAGCAACCCCAUCAGCUUGCAAAAGACUAUCCAGCCAGUAAAAACUGAACCUCUGCCUGGUGUCUCACUACAGAGCGUGCAGUCUCUUGUAGAGCAGAGGAAUCUUAGUUUUGAUCAGGCUAUCGCAAUUGAGGCCUUGACUCAACUGGCAGCUAUACCCGAAAUUACCCCAGGAUCUAUCAAAACAGAGAGUCCGGGUGAAGAGCCUGUCUCUGUCAGCAGCUCCUUUUCAACCUCGAAUGCAAACACAUCUCUGCAAGAGUCCAAACCCACAGCGGCUAUCCGCUGUAACAAAGUCUCUGUCAUCAGCUCACCACUAAACCAGACAUCAGUUAUACGCCCUCCUGUGGUCAGACAAGGGAACAUCAUCCAAUGCUCGUGGGGUGCUGGCUUCACCGGAAAAUUGUCUUCACAAGAUCUCUUAGAGGCCAGCUCAGAUGGUGAAAGAGGGGUCUUUCGGAAGGAAGACCAGGGAUUUGGUUCUCAUGUUAUCAAGUCUGAAGGCAACUGCAAAGACCAGAGUGACAUGGAGAAGAGGAUCUUUAUAGAUCAAGAGAGGUUGUUUGGGGGAGACAGAGACAAGCUCAUGGGUAAAAUAGUGAGGAGGAACAGAGAUGAGGAGGAGGUGGCUGCUCAGCUGGCAGACCUUGCAUUCAUCAUUCAGUCUCGUCACAGCCAGCAGUCAGAGAACAAACCUCCCGUAGGAACCCCCGUGUCGACCAUCAAAUACAACUUCAAUUCCCAGCUACCCCCCAAUAGCAAAAAAGCCCUUGUAAAGAAAGCAAAAACAACCCCCUCCAAACCCAGGAAGAAGAGGAUAAUCGAGGGACUUGAAGAGGGAAUCAAGCAUGGGACGCCCCUCCCAAAACGUACCCCCAACGGCAAGGCACCCCACAAGAGUAGAGGCCAGAAGAUUCUUGCUACAGGCAAAACAGCACUUCACCACAAGAGGAACUUGUUCCUGCCCCAAGCCCAGAUUGACCUGAAAAGAUACCUGGCUGAGGCUCAGGAGGAAAGGAGGCAGCUCUUCCUCCACAGCAACAUGCACACCACAGCCCACUUAGGACCACACAUUCAGAGCCACAACCCUGCUCAGUAUACAAGGAUCAACCAUGCUCCUGGUCAAGAGAACCAGCAGUGGUCCUAUUUAAAUGGUCACCACCACCACCAACAACACCACUAUGAUCCACGCAACGGUCACUGCCCAGGAUCGGGCCAGGAGUGUGAAAAACAUUUGUUAACUCAGGUAGUGCAGCCCGGUGUAGGGCUGCAGCCCGGUGCUGAUCCAAACACCAGCUCCGCCAACCUCAGCAUCCUCAGCAAUGUUGCUGGGUUUCACGGUCUUGUCAAUGGCUUCUCAGGGGCUCGACAGUCCCCUCCUCCAAGCCAGCAGGGUUACUACAAGGUGGAGAGGUCAGGGCCUGUCACCGUCUUGUCGACAUCUGCUGAUGGAGAGCUGGACCAAUCCGAAGAGUUGACUCCAACUAAGAAUGGCGUCAACAGCUUCCUGGAGUCUCCUCUGAGUUUCCUGGACACCCCAACCAAGAAUCUGCUCAACACCCCUUCCAAGAAAUUAACUGAUAUUCCCUCCUGUCAGUGCAUGGAGCAAAUCAUUGAGAAAGAGGAAGGCCCGUACUAUACUCACCUUGGGGCAGGACCCAAUGUAGCCGCAGUGCGUGAAUUAAUGGAGAACAGGUAUGGUCAGAAAGGGAAUGCAGUCAGGGUGGAGGUUGUGGUGUACACCGGAAAAGAAGGAAAGAGCUCUCAGGGCUGUCCAAUAGCUAAAUGGGUGAUCCGGCGCAGCAGUGAACAGGAGAAGCUGCUGUGUCUGGUGCGUCAGCGGGCAGGGCACCAUUGUGACAGUGCAGUAGUAGUUAUCCUCAUUCUGGCAUGGGAGGGCAUAUCCCGGUCCGUAGCGGACCACCUUUACCAGGAGCUCACAGAGACCCUCUGCAAAUACGGCUCCCCCACCAGCCGCCGCUGUGCCCUCAACGAAGAUCGAACAUGUGCAUGCCAGGGUUUGGACCCCGACACCUGUGGAGCUUCAUUCUCCUUCGGUUGUUCUUGGAGUAUGUACUUCAAUGGCUGCAAGUUUGCCCGCAGCAAAGUGCCCCGCAAGUUUCGCCUGCUUGGUGACUACCCAGAGCAGGAGGAGAAGCUAGAAAACAACCUUCAGAAUCUUGCCACUGACGUUGCACCGGUCUAUAGAAGACUAGCGCCCGAGGCCUUCCAAAAUCAGGUGGAACAGGAGGAGGCAGCAAAUGACUGCAGGCUGGGCUGGAGAUCGGGGCGACCUUUCUCCGGGGUCACAGCCUGUGUGGAUUUCUGCGCCCAUGCUCACAAGGACACACAUAACAUGACUAACGGAAGCACUGUGGUUUGCACUUUAACCAAGGAAGACAACAGGGCAGUGCGUAACAUACCUGAGGAUGAGCAGCUCCACGUUCUGCCCCUUUACAAGAUCUCUGACAGGGAUGAGUUUGGCCAGGUCGAGGGUCAAUGGGCCAAGAUACAAACCGGGGCUCUUCAGGUCCUCUCUGCCUUCCCCAGAGAGGUGCGUCUACUGGCUGAGCCGGUGAAAUCAGCCCGUAAGAGGAGGCAAGAGGCCCGUUUGAAGGCCCAGACAGAGCGACUGGAGAAGAAACUGGGGCAUACUCCCCUCACCCCGGGAAAAGUAAAAAAUGAGAGUCCCAACAAAGGUUUUAAAAGCACUUCUGCAGAGCAGUCUCCCACAUUCAAAUCAGAGCCGCAGGCCUAUCACAGCUCUCCAAGACUACCACCCAGACCUGCCAGUGUUGGGAAGUAUCUACCUGAGCGAAACCAAGCCAGCACUUACAACCAGAGCACCAGCAACUACCCCACUCCAGGUGCAGUGGUCACCCCAGGGCGGGAGGCCCUCUCCCCCCAUCACCACGACUUGCCUGGCCCCAGGUAUAGACAGAAUGGUUCAACUCUAAAUUAUGAAACAAUGGGAGAUGCCAGAAAUGGUUACUCUCCAGGGUCCGGUGACAGGAUUGUUCCCAAAAACCAGUCUAUGGACCCCUCAGAUCGUAUACCCCCCCAUAAAGUCCUUAGUGACUACCCCCACACAUUUAAGACUGAGCCUAAUGAGGUGCACUGUUCUCUUCUGAGCAGACCCACCCCCAGUGAGAGUGCUCCUCCUCCCUCCUGCUUAUCCCCCCUACCUACCUCCGAGGGCCUCUUCAGUAGACUCAAUGGGCUCCACAGGGGUGCAGUGGAGGUCGAGUCAGAGGUCCGAGGUCACGGCCUUGCACCUCUCUCAUCCCUCCCCCUCCCGCUGCAGACAUCCCCCUGUGAACCAGAGGAGGUUAAGCAGGAAGAGGUUUGGUCUGACAGCGAGCACAACUUCCUGGACAAUGACAUAGGCGGGGUUGCCGUGGCGCCAUCACAUGGCUCCAUCCUAAUAGAAUGUGCCCGACGAGAGCUGCAUGCCACCACCCCAAUCCUCAGGCCUAACCGCAGCCACCCCACACGUAUCUCCCUUGUCUUCUACCAGCACAAGUCCCUGAAUGAGCCGGGCCAUGGGAUGGCCAUGUGGGAUGCCAAAAUGGCCAAGCGUGACCGCGAGAGGGAGGAAAAAGCUGAGAGACUGGGAAUGGAGGACAGCCCUGGUAAAGGGGCAGGUAAGGGGGGGAGUGGAGCUGGUGGUAUAGAGCCAAAAGAUGAGGAGGAAGAGGAGGCGGCAAAGAGGAUUCUGAAAGUCCCUACCCGUCAAGCAUGGACUGUUCCACGGGAUGGCGUCAUUACUGUGUCCCCUUACGCUCUAACCCAAGUCACUGGCCCUUACAACCGCUGGACUUAGAAAAUGUGUUGAAUACAUACACACAUGAACACACAGAAACACGCACAUGCACACACACACACACACACACACACACAGUUAACUCCUAUACCCUGUGCUUCUGCCUUACCUCAAUCAACUUCACACUUCUACUCUCAUUUCUAUGUGUAAUUUUCAUUGUGCUUGUCUAAUAUAUCUGUUUCUUAGUCUUUUUUCAUCUCUGCCUUCAAAGUGAUGAGAAAGACCAAAGUUUGUGGGCUUUUUAACUGUGAGUUUUGAUGUUGGUUUUUAUUGUAAAGAGAUGGUGCUUUGAAGCAUUUUAAGACAUUUUUAAACUGGUUUUAUAUACAUGAUUAAGAACAAAAAAGAUGUGAUUAUUUAUUCUGAUCAUUACAGUUUCUAUUUAAUUUCUGGUGCAAGCCUGUUUACUGCAGAAUUUCUAUGUUAACCUACAUUAUGUUUUGACUCUCAGAAUUUACAUUGUACAGUCGGUCUAUGCUCUUAGUUUCAGCCAACGGUGCUCUUUUCAUGACAUGAGAUGAAUUUUAUUGGUUUAUACAUCGGUGCCAUUCUAAUUGUAACCUUCUAAGUGAAAACAUUAUGUCACGUGACAUGGAGAACCAGACUAAUAUAAUACAUACAUUUACUACACAUUACGUCACAUGUAGCAUUGUGCUCUGCCUUCUGUUGCCUCUGAAUUCGAUUGGCAGAUGAUGAAGGCAAUGUACAUUUUUGUUCUGUUUGGUUUUCUAUAAGUUAGGAUGGUUUGUCUUUUUAUUCAGUGGGCAUAUAUAUGUAAGGCAUAUUGAGAAGCACUUUUCUAAUUUUACGAAACCUAACUUGAAAAAGGUCCCAAUCCAUUGGCCUACAUAUGUAUGUACAGAUAGAGUUAUAUUUGACCGCUUCGCGUGAGACCUCUUUAUUUCACAGUAUUUCUGCAUUUAUCUGGGUUUUUUUUUUAUUCUUCAGUUUGAUUGAGCUGCAAUCAUGACCGUGGCAUUCAUAUCUCAUAAGAUUCAUUCUUAUUUAGUACUUAGCAUAAUGGGUAAUUAUGAAAUGCUGCAACAAUAAAGUGCUUAUGUCACUGGCACUUAAAUUAUGUUCACUUUAGGAAAAUUAAUUCAAAGUGUUUUAAACAUCUGUUUUCAUAGGGCACAAAUGACGAACGAUCAUAGGAAUCAAAUAUUGAUUUAAAAGAUUUACUGUAAUGUUUUUUUAUGGUGCUAACGAGACCUCUUUUUUUUCGGUAUUCAAAAUGUGUCAUCUAUCUCAACUGCAUAUUGCCACUCUUUAUGUCCAUACGAAUACAUGACAUAUGACUAUGUCAUUGAAUGCUAAACUAACUAAACGGUUUCGUUUAUGUUUUUGCCUACGAAAACCACUCAUAAAACAGCAGACAGAUCCCACUCAGACGAUAUCCUAAGAUGAUUCCAGGUGCUUUAUCCUCGUGAAGACUUUGUUUACAGACUUUUUUUGCAUGGUCUAAACAUGGCGUACAGGGUUGUUGUCAAUUCCUUGGGCCUCAGAAUUUUUUAUUGCCCAUGAAAGAAAAACUUUCUAUUUUAAGAAUGUCGCCCGUCAAAUCCAGACUAAAUACAGACCGAAAAGAAGCUGAACUGCUAUCCGCCCAGUAUGAUUUGCAGUGUGGAAGGUUUGGGUCUUUUAAAUACACCUCUUUUUGGUGCUAAAAGGCUGUCGAGGUCUAUUCAUGGACCAAACUUCUUUGCAUACUGUGAAGUGACAAUACGGUGCUCAUAGCGUAAUCGGCACAUGCUGAUCUUCUAUAAUACAUGAUUCCAUUGUCAGAUAUUUGUCUCGUACUUACCAGCUGGCAAAAUACUGAGAAGCACUGGUAACCAUUACUUAAAAUCAUCAGCUGUGGCAAACGCAGAUGCUGUCACACUAAACAUGUCUACCCAGGGUUCAAAAGUCUUCCGCUGAUAACUAAACUCAUUGAAUCAUGCUCAGAUGGGUGUCAUCUUGGGAAAAUGUGUACAACCCACAGUCACCAUAUAAACUCAUAAUGCAAUGAAUGUAAACAGAGGUCAACUCUGAUUUAGAUAAUAGAACAUUUUCAACUUAAGUAACAUCACAUAAAGACAGGUAAAACAUUUUUUUUCCUUUUAUUUGUCAUUUUUAAUUUAUUGGAGGAAAUUCUCACUCCACAUUACGCAACCACAUAGUCUUGGUAUCAACAAGGAACUAACAAGAAGCACCAGCAUUUACAAAUCUGGGGUUUUUAUACAUAGAAAAAAGGUGUACAUAUGUAUGUGAACCAGAUUGUUUUUACUGUAUUGUUAAUGGUGUGUAGACAAUGGAUGAUCUUGCUUAUUUUAAAACUGAAUUACUGUACUUUGCUGAAAGUAUAUCCAUUUUAGACUUGAGAAGAGACUAAAUUUAGCAUUCCUUUUAUGGAUGGCUGAUCUCUUUCGGGAUUGUGAAAUAAAGACAUAUUUAUA